GCCCACCCGGAGGAGGAGGAGGAGGAGGUCAUCCCGGCGCCAUUUAUUUACAACCCGCAUCCACCAUGAUCCAGCACCUCAUAGGUCAUGGCGACGACGAUGCUGAGGCAGAAGAACCUCCCCCUCUUCUCCUCCUCUUCUUCUUCUCCCCCCUAUUUAUACGGCGCUCGCGCGCCUCACCAGGCAGAAUAGCCACUGUGUUCAUCUCGCGUCCAGAAAGACAAGCUCAAGCUCUACAGGUAGCGCCAACAACAGGCCUCUUCUGUUCCUAGUCCUCUUGUUCCCACCAGCGAUCAUGUCUUCGUCUUCCACGCCCGUGACGUUCGAGAAUCCGAGGAAGGUGAUGAAGAAGGUGCUGUCCUUGUCCCAGUCCGAGGGGGACGGCGCCACCGUCCGCCGGAGCAUCGGCGGUUGCGAGCUCCCGAACCUGGACCCGUUCCUCCUGCUCGACGAGUUCUCUGUCUCCAAGCCCGCCGGCUUCCCCGACCACCCCCACCGGGGCUUCGAGACCGUCACCUACAUGCUAGACGGGGCCUUCACCCACCAGGAUUUCUCUGGCCGCAAGGGCACCAUCAGGACAGGAGAUGUGCAGUGGAUGACGGCGGGGCGCGGCAUCGUGCACUCGGAGAUGCCGGCGGCCGACGGAGUGCAGAAGGGCCUGCAGCUCUGGAUCAACCUCGCCUCCAAAGACAAGAUGAUCGAGCCGCGGUACCAGGAGAUUGAGAGCAAGGACAUCAGCCAGGCCGAGAAGGACGGCGUGGCGGUGCGGAUCAUUGCGGGGGAAGCCUUUGGGGUGCGGUCGCCGGUCUACACACGGACGCCGACCAUGUACAUGGACUUCACAAUGCAACCAGGUUCGCAGCUCCACCUGCCAAUCCCAGAGGGCUGGAACGCCUUCGUGUACAUCAUCGAGGGGGAGGGCGUGUUCGGCAAGGAGAAUGCAGUGCCGGCGAGCGCGCACCACUGCCUUGUGCUUGGCGCGGGGGACGGGCUCAGCGUGUGGAAUCGGUCAGGCGCACCGCUGCGGUUCGCGCUGGCGGCGGGGCAGCCGCUGAACGAGCCAGUGGUGCAGCAGGGGCCCUUCGUCAUGAACUCGCGGGCCCAGAUCCAGCAGGCCAUGGAGGAUUACUACUACGGCCGCAACGGCUUCGAGAAGGCCAGCCAGUGGAGCUCCGCCUGAUUCUCAUCGGUGUCUCGCCGUGAUGAUGAUCAACGUCGCAGUGCACCGUUGUGCGAAACAUUGGGGAGGAAAGGGAAAUUGCAUUGUACCAUUUUAUUGAUAUACUUCUGUGUAGAGUGUAGUAGUAGUCUUGUUUUUCUUUGAAUUGUUCUUUUACUUUGUUUAUAGGAAAGAAUAAGAUGCAAUAAAAGUGUGUAAUGAGGAGGAAGUUAGUAAUGGUUGUUUGGUCAUAAAAAGGCAAACUGUUUCAUCAUAGAUUUGAACAGGUGAAAAUAAUUUAAAUAAAUAUGAACCACCAACCCUUUGUUUGAUCUUAUCAGUCCAUUGCUUAUUGACGGCAUUAUUCUUUCAUGAUGCAGCGAUGAUCAUGAGGAUGAAGCAGAGCAGAACAAGAUCCUUAACAUGAGGCUGCCGAACUCUGAAGUCUGGAUUGGAAAGCACUGUUGCACAUAAAAACUAUGACUCCUAACCUUGUACAAUGUGGAUGUUGGAGGCUGGCUGUGACCCUGAUGCUGUGGGAAUAUCAAGUUCGCGGAUGCUUGUGUGCAUAUGCUAGGUGGGGGCGGCACAAGGACAUGAUGUUGUUCUAUUCCAAUGUAUAGUCUAGUGAUGAAAUUGUAGACGCAGAUGGUUACAAAGGAUCUGUGUACAAUGUAUGGAUCUGUUACAUUAAUGCUGAAAUUUAAUUGUUUUUGUCA